AUGGCCACAUACUGCGAUGGCCUGGGCUCCUGUUCCACCCCGCACUGCCAGGCGGGGGCCGCAAAGCACCCUCCGGGGUACGCACAAGAAGACGUGGGCGCUGUGGGCGGUGGCCCGCGCCUGUGGGUGGACGCGCCCGCACUCUGCCCGGCAUCCUACACGUCGGGCCCUGGGCCCACGCCGCCCUACGUAGCCCCGGGCCAGCUCCUGGGCGGCCUGGCCGGUGCAGACUUCGCGUGGCUGGACGUCUCCGGCCAGCAGGAGCUGCAGAGGUUGGUGCGGCCGCCCUACUCGUACUCGGCGCUCAUCGCCAUGGCCAUCCAGAGCGCGCCCCUGCAGAAGCUGACGCUCAGCCAGAUCUAUCAGUACGUGGCCGGCAACUUCCCCUUCUACAGGCGCAGCAAGGCCGGAUGGCAGAACUCCAUCCGCCACAACCUGUCGCUGAACGACUGCUUCAGAAAGGUUCCCCGUGACGAGGACGACCCAGGUAAAGGCAAUUACUGGACCCUGGACCCAAACUGCGAGAAGAUAUUCGACAAUGGCAACUUCCGAAGGAAGAGGAGGCGGCGAGCGGAAGCAAGAGGGGCCGCAUUCUCGGGAGCCCGGAGCCCGGGAGGAGCCGAGGCGCCCGCGCAGAGGUCCCCAGACCUGUAGCCCUCUCCAUCCCCGCCCGCGCCGGCGCCCGCCACGAGCGCCCUGGCUGGCGGCCUUGGCACCUUCCCCGGGGACCUUGCGGGCGACUUUUCUUUCCGGAGGCGGAUGGCGGUCGCCACCCAUGGUCCCCACGCCUCGGGUUCCGCUCCUGGCUUUGCCUCUGGCUGCCAGACCGCGGCCACCGGCUUCUGUGUCAGUCAUCUCCUUUAUAGCUCAGAAGGGACCGAAGUUUGA